AUGUAUGAAUUUGGAGGGAAAAACAGGGAGAGCCUGUGGCAGAUUGAAACAAACAGCAUCCAGAUAUCCGAUCCUGACGUAGAGUUUCGGCACAAAUGUAAGUGUAUAAACAAGCGAACAGACCUUGCACAAUUGACUGAUGUUUGUAUGUGUUCUGUAUAUAUCGAUAAGCCAAGGCAACUAAGCAGAAGCACAUAUAUUCAGUCUUCAGUAGUCUUGGUGAGUAAAACCACAGAGCAGCAAACAAAUAGUCACAACAAGAGACAAACAUUCAUAAACUUACGUGAAUCAAAUACUGAUACGAAUAACACAUACACCAGCUCUACAAAAAGCACACACUAUAACAAGAAAUACCAACUAUAUAAGACAGAAAUGUGCAGGAGUCAUUCUGAAGUGGGUUACUGUAAAUACGGAGACAAAUGUCAGUUUGCACACAGCGAAGCUGAGCUAAGAUAUGUUCAAAGACAUCCAAAGUACAAGACAGAAACGUGCAAGACAUUCUGGGAGGAGGGCAGUUGUCCAUAUGGCAAAAGAUGUUGUUUCAUUCAUGUUCCAAACAUUUCACUCCAUAAUCCUAAAGAUGUGCACAAAGGACAUAAAAGACUAGGCAAGAUUCUUGCACACACUUAUAAUGACUCUUCAGAAGCAAAUUCAGAUAAUUCCAGAAACACUGUUGUGUGCACAAAAAUAAAUGUAUCUGAGACAACAGAUAAGCUUCAUUGUGAUGAUUCUUGGAUGCCUAAUGAUAUUCUUAGACCUGCAGAGUCAUCUAGCAAUCCGAGUCUCUGUGCGCCAGCACAACGCCACGACUCAUGCAACGAACGUCGUUUUCCAGGCUACUAUAACUAUUCAUUUGAUCCAAUUGUUGAUGAAGGCUGUAGUAGAGAUGUAAUGCUCAAAAGACCUUUUUGGAAAGAGUCCAGUCCAUCAAUAUGGAUGGAUGAAUGUAUCGAGAUGUUCUACCCGAACUGCGCUACCAAGAAAGUGCAAAACGGAGGGAUUCUUGCACCAGGAGGAAUUGUAUGCAAGGCAUUGAAUAAGAAAGUGUCUCAGUUUGUGCUUGAACAUCUGGGAAUGUAA